CAACAUAUCUCAUCUGGCCUUUUCGGAAUUCGUUAAGGUCCGGUAGACGAUUUUUCCAGUGACUUGCCCUCUUUCGGUAAGCUCUUCGCACUGAGCACAAGUACCUGAAACCUACGAGCACCGAGAAUCGAUGGCAUUGGUUACGGAGCCGUAAUUGGCGCCCUUCCAAUAUUGUCAUAGCGGAUGUUUGUCUACAAUUUCUCGCGAUCAGGGUUCGUCGCUCGUACACGCAGCACAAAAAUCGAUUGAACUCGAUUCUGUGUCUCUGGUGGAUUUCCAUAGGACAAACCCAGCUCUGCACUUCUCAAGGUCAUGCCAUCACUGAUCAUGGUUCAGUGACUGUCGAGCGAACAUCGGAAUGUUAUCGAAAAUCCGAUCUACGGAUCUAUAAUUGCCAGGAGGACGUAGUGCCGCCUCCCGCCACUUUUUCCUCAGGGCAAUCACUGGCUGCGCAAUGGCUGCGCUUCAUGGAUACCCAAAAUAACUCGUUAUAACAUAACCUAUGCGACUAUGCCGGCCUAGCACGCCCUGGACCACGCCUUUCCCCUUCCUCCUCACUCCAACUCCACCUUCCCUCGCUACCGCUUUCAUCUCUUAACCUCUAUAACCUUUGAGACUAUGAGUAGCAGUUCUCAGUCAAAUACGGGAACUUCAUCCGGAUCCCAGACGGCAUCUGGAUCCACGAGCGCCAGUGGAAACAGCACUAGCUCUGUCAGCAUACCUUCCACCGCUGCAGUGGGUUCAAUCACCAUCACCCAACCUCCUGCGCAGUCGACCUCAUACUACAAGCUUGCGGCUAACAAUACGAUUACCUUUGGAUGGAACUUCACCAACCUGUACGUGACGCCUUCGUCGCUGACAAUCUCGGCCGUGUGCGGUGACGGGAACACGUACCCGGUCGGCCCAUCAGACGGAAUCAUACCGGGAACCGCGACGAGCGUGGAGUGGGUUCCGUACGACUAUCAGCUGGCGAACCCCGCCGUGCCAUUCGCGGUGUCGACAUAUACGCUGGAAAUCUGGGGAGACGGGGGUCCGAGUGCGGUCGCCUCAGCUGGAUACCUUGCGCCCAAUAGUGACCUUCAGUUCGCUAUAUAUACGCCACAGCCAUACACGCCGCUGAACGACGGGUGGCAGUGUACGGGCUGUUCGGGCUCUUUGGAAAGUUAUGUCGCAGACCCAGCUAUGAUCGGUGUCACUGUGACGCUGCUCAUCACGGUGCUCUCUGGGUUUGGGAUGCUCAAUCAUAUCCCACUCUGAAGGGAUUGUAAUUGAGUGUUGCUAAGUUUGGUGCCUACUACAACUACACGGGAGGAUCAGGCUACUUGGCGCUUUUACUUUACGCCAUCGAUGAACAGCUCGCAGGUACAUUAGAAUUGGACAUCGGACUGACACUCCCUCAUGGAUAUUUACCUGCUAGAAAUGUUGCAUGUACGUACUCACGGUAUUGACAUUGGACAAUGCGCAAUUACAGUAGCAAUUAAUGAUGGUGCUGUAGCCAUCCUCAUCUCCG